CGCAUGCGUAGUGUCACUUUCCGAAUCAAUGAACAGGGUGAAAGUGAAGAUCAUGCGAGUGUGUUGGAAAUGACCGCUGUUUUCCCGCGUGUCCCCUGUAACGUUAGAUGUUUCGUCGGUGUUCCCGGUGUGUCGGUCAGCCGUUCCCCCGCCGGUUGUGCGGUCAGUGAUGGGUGUUAUUGUGCGGAAUCUACAGAAUGUGGUUCCGGUGAGGCGCGCGCGGCUCCGCAGGGAUGUGGAGAUCCUCAGACACAUCUUCGGCGUGCAAAAGUUCGACAUGGGCAUCAUCUGCGUGGACAACCGCAAGAUCCAGCGCAUCAACCACACUUACCGGCGGAGGAACCAGCCCACAGACGUGCUGUCCUUCCCCUUCUAUGAGGACCUGAGGCCAGGAAAAGUGCCAUGUGCCCUACAGAGGGACGAGUACAACCUAGGGGACAUCUUCUUAGGGGUGGAGUAUGUGAUGCAGCAGUGUAAAGAGACCAAGCAGGAUCUGCACCAGACGCUGACGGUGGUCACAGCUCACGGCAUCUGCCAUUUACUGGGAUACAGACACGAGACCGAAGAGGAGUGGAACGAGAUGCAGCGGAAGGAGAGCUACAUUCUCCGCGAGUUCAACAGGCUAACAGGCAGUCAGCUGGAGCCGCUCACCAAAAGAUAAUGCACACACACACACACACACACACACACACACACACACACACACACACACACACACACACACACACACACACACUAUUAAAUGCAGGACAUUUUCUGCAGAGAUGCACUACUAAUGAAUGAAAUCCACAAAGCAACGCUGGAUUUUUCUGUUUUCUAAAUAAAGUUUAUUUUAAAACGUG